UUAUGUUUCAAUCAGACUGGAAGUCAUAUAAAAACAAUAUGUUUACUCCUUUUAUCAUACCGUUCACUGAGUAGGUACAGGCGUUUUCUUAUUAGAAAAUAGGAGAUUUGUAUAUAUAUAUAUUGUGGAUUAAACCUUGGUUUUAAAGCUAGCUGAUCCUCUCACUUGUAUGAUGCAUUGUUAUUUCCAGUAUAUCAAUAAAGACCAGGAUUACGUUCAUGUCGGUGAUAAGCCUGAAUACAGCUGCUCUUUGAAGAAAGAUGCCAGUUUUCUGAUAACACAUCCAUUGAAAUGGGAAUGGUACGGUCAUGAUGGUUCCCGAUUGAUAAUAUCAACAUUCGGAAACGUUAAGGUGAACCUUGAAUCAGAGUAUUAUGUCGACCUUGACAUCACUGAUACUGCUACAACCUUGACAUUGAAAUUUCCUCAAGGAGUAAAAAAAGAAUAUGAUGGGAACUUUAAAUGUGUACUAUAUGACACAAAGAACAUGGUACUUGCAGAAAAGAAGGUCGCUGUUCAUGUAAGUUGAAAUACAGAAAUGCUAUGACAACUUUGAAGAACAAGCCUUAAAUUGGACAACGCUAAACAGUCUCCUAUACUAUUGCUGGUGUUUAGUCUGUCCUCUGAGUCAAAUAAAAAAUAUCUUGCA